GUAGUUUUUUUUUUUUUACUACGUCACUUCCUGCUAGGCAAAGCGUGUCUGCUGCCAACACGAGAAAAGUAGAGCUAACUUGAGGAUUUUAACGUUAUAACGACAACAUUUAUUCCAGGAAUAAUGACGGAGGACGGUAGGACAGAGGACUACCCUCACGAAAUAGACGAGCAGCUCACAGGCUUUGACUCUUCUGGUUCGUCUGUUAAAACCAUGUUGGAGAAGCUGAUGUCCAUGCCCAGAAACGAGCUCAUGCAAAAGCUGGACCCUUUGGAUCAAGCCAAGCUGGAUCUUAUGUCCGCCUACACCCUGAAUUCAUUAUUCUGGAUGUACUUGGUAACACAAGGAAUAAAUCCAAGAGAUCAUGGAAUUAAACAGGAGUUGGAGCGGAUAAGGACCUACAUGAACAGAGUGAAAGAGAUCACCGACAAGAAGAAAUCCGCUCGUCUUGAUAAGGGAGCUGCUGCACGCUUUGUCAGGAACGCUCUCUAUGAACCAGACGAAAAAGACUCAAGAAAAAAAGGAGCAUCCAAGAAAGCAGCACACACAACAUCUGACAGCCCACAGACAAAGCGUCCAAAGCAGAGCUGAGGUGAAGGAGGAGCUCCACAGACAGGUUUCAAAGCAUUUUGUACCACUUUGGGGGACAACAAAUGCUUUUUUACUCACAAGGCAACAAAAUAUCUUUAAGCUUUUAUUAUUUAGAGUGAUACAAGAAGACAUGAGGCAUACAGAACAAGUACACGAUGUCAUUUAUCUGGGAUGCUCACUCAGAUUCUUGAUGACUCUGCAGAAGUCAGUAAACGGUGCUUGAUGUGAAAGAAACACAAAACUAAUCACCAUAGCUUCCCAGUUUUUACACAUUGCUGCUAAAGGUGAUAGGGUUAUCAAAAAUCUUUUUGAUUUGACUUAUUCUCUUUUAAAGAUCACUGUGUUGCUGAGAUUUUGUGUAAUUCUGUCAGGUUCCAAAGCAAAUGAACAAUUACAGUUUUCAUCAGCUAAGUGAGUAGAAGUGACAUCAUCAGGUAAGAUGAUGUGUUUUUCAAAUUGUAUGAAUCCGUUCUUAGAUAGUGAGAGGUCUUUUUUCAUCACUUUGAAAAUGAUUCUAUGAAUCAUCAUUUUCUAUUUUGCAGUUUCUUAUGUGUUUAACAUUGUAUUGUUUAAAGUUUGUCUGAAUUAUUUUGAGCAUAAAAACACUCAGAAGAAAUGAUGUUUGAGUUUAUUUUUGAUCCUUUUUAAAAACAUGUUGCACCUGAUAGAACUAUUCAAUUUAAAACUUAGGAAAAACAACACAUUGCAAGCUUCCAAGUCUCCAUUGUAGGAGUUUUUAGCAUUUGACAAGUCACAGAAGGAAAGUGUGAUCAAAUUAACAUGGGCUCAAUUAUAUUUGGUUUACUCAUAUUGUACACAAUGCCUUAAAGCCAGUCUUCACUUUCUGAGACUUACAAUACAUCAUAACCAAUUUUAACAUUGAAUAUUUACAUUAUAAAUGUUUUAUCUGCUGUAACCAGGGCUUGUGGCCAACGUCCUUCUUUUCUGUAUCAUCCAACAGUUAAAUUGCAAUGUCUAAUCCCUCGCGGGCGUUUUCUUAUCGUAAUAUUUCUGCACUAUCCUGACAUGCCUGCUAGGGCUGCUCGAUCAUGGCAAAAAAUCCUAAUCACAAUUAUUUAGAUCGAUAUUGAGAUCAUGAUUAAACUAGAUUAUUCACUGA